AUGGCCAUGGCCCUCUCCGAGCUGCGCCAUCUCAUCCACGCUCACCCCCUCAUUGACAACCACGCCCACAACUUAUUAUCCGCCGACGCUGCCACCGACUACGCUGCCUACCCGUUUGAGCAGAUCGUAUCCGAGGCCCAUGGGCCGGCCCUCCGCAAUGCCCGCUCCGCUCUUCCGUUGCACCGCGCCGCCCAGCAGUUAGCCGAACUAUAUGGCACACCCUCUGCCGACUGGGCUGAGCUCGUCGCCGCCCGCGAUCGCUGGGUCCAGCGUGACUACCCCGGGCUGGUCCGCCAGUGCCUGCAGGGCACCCACGCCUUGCUGCUGGAUGACCUGCUGACCGACUCCGACGUCGAGCCCUAUUCCUGGCACGAUCGAUUCACUCCCGCCCCAACCCGCCGUAUCGUUCGCAUCGAGACCAUCGCCCAGCAGACGCUGGCCCAACUGCCGCCGAUCGAUGGCGCCGAUGACCCUGCGGCGGUCGCCUCCCGGUUCGACGCCUUCCGCCAGCGCUUCCAGGAUCAGCUCGCUGAGGCCGUGGCGGAUCCCGCCGUGGUGGGCUUCAAGUCGGUCGUCUGCUACCGUACGGGGCUCAACGUGCAGCCUGUCGACGACGCGGAGGCGGCAACCCAUCUGCUCCCUGCGUUCGCGCGCGUCCUGCGCACGCCGGGCCACCGGGUCGAGGACAAGCCGCUCAACGACUGGAUCGUACGCUGCCUCCUCACCCUUCUGCAGGACGCCGCCGCCGCCCAGCCCGUGCGUAAGCCACUCCAGCUGCACACCGGUCUCGGUGACACGGACAUCGACCUGGUGCUCGCCAACCCAGCGCACCUGCAGCCCCUCAUCGCACAGUAUCCCAAAGUCGACUUCGUGCUACUACACUCGGCGUACCCAUACACACGCCAGGCAGGCUACCUCGCCUGCUGCUAUGACAACGUGUACCUCGAUUUAGGGGAGGUAUUCCCCAUGGUCAGCCGCGACGCCCAGGAGAGCAUCCUACGCGAGAGCCUGGAACUGGUCCCCUCAACGCGGCUGCUCUGGAGCACCGACGGCCACUUCUUCCCGGAAUCCUUUUGGCUAGCCAACCGCCAGUUUCGCGCCGCGCUGGAACGCGUGCUGGUCGAGUACGUGAGCGAGGGCGACUACACAGUCGAGCAGGCACGCCAGGCGGCGGCUGACAUGCUCUUCCACAACUCCGACCGCCUCUACGACCUGCGCGAGACCCCGAUCUACCGCGACGGGGACGCCUCGGAUCUGUCAGUGCGGUCGACUCGCUCACCCGCCGCGGCGCUGGACGCCUUCCUCGCCCGCAACCCGCACGUCCGGUACGUGUGGAUGCAGUGGCUGGACUACACGGCGACGGUGCGGGUGCGCAUGUUCCCUGUGGCCGAAUUCGCACGCAUUGUGCAACAGCAGCGGCGCAUCGGCAUCUGCCUCGCCGUGCAGUGGAUGCUGCAGGACGACCUAGUGGCACCCGAGGGCUCCGUAACAGGCCAGUACUACAUGACGCCGGACCUAGACACACUGCGCGUAAACGCCGGCCUAGGGGACCAGCCACGCAGCGCCAGCGUCUUCAGCAACUGGAAGAGCGAAGCCGGCUCGCCACUCGACGGCUGCCCGCGCAACACGCUACAGCGAGUCGUCGACCAGCUCCGCCCAUUCGGCACAACCGCGACCUGCGGCUUCGAGAUUGAAGUCGUCUUCCUCCGCGACGGACCCGAGUACACCCCGGCAGUCACCAACCAUUCCUGGUCACAGAUGACGCCGGACACGCGCCGCCUGCUCCCCAUCCUCGAAGAGAUCGCCGAGACGUGCGCAGCGAUCGACAUCCCCCUACAGCAGUUCCACGCCGAGUCCGCCCCAGGCCAAUUCGAGUUCAUCCUGCCGCCUGCAGCACCCGUCGCAGCGGUGGACGCACUGGUCAGCGCACGCCAGGUCGUCGUGCAAGUCGCCGAGCGACACGGACUGCGCGCGACGCUGCACCCGCGGGCCGUCCCCGGCGCAGCCGGCACAGCCGCACACGCCCACCUAUCCCUCUCCCCGGCGGAGCCUGACGUGGAGGAGCGCUUCCUAGCAGGGAUGCUAGCGCACUACCGUGCUCUGGUAGCCUUCACGUUCAGCCAGGACGCCAGCUACGAGCGCGUGCGACCGGGUCUGUGGGCGGGCAGCACGUGGGUAGCGUGGGGGUCGCAGAACCGCGAGACGCCACUGCGGAAGAUUGCGCCGGCGCACUGGGAGAUUAAGAGUUUGGAUGGGCUGGCGAAUCCUUAUUUUGCGAUGGCGGCUGUUAUUGCGGGGGGUGUGUUGGGGUUGAGGGGGGGUUACCCUCUCACCAGCAAGGAUUGUUUGUUCGACGCAGCAACCCUAACAGAUACCCAACGCCAAGACCUGGGGAUCACAACGCGCCUACCAACCUCACUGGAAGAGAGCCUCAACGAGCUAGAGAAGGAUACAGCACUUCAGGAAGUACUGGGCAAGACAGUAGUAGAGAACUACCUGAUCGUGAAGCGCCUGGAGGGCAAGCGGCUGGGGGCGAUGGACGCGGAGACGCGACGGCGGUGGUUGAUCGAGCGGUACUAACCCUACAUUACUUAUGGAGUUGUAGUUCAAC